GGUUUCUAUAUAUACCAUUGUCGUGUUUAUAACUUUGGUGAUAUUGUUCAACUACCCUCAAUGUUAAAUAAAUAACUCUUAUCAAUGAUUGUGUUACAAUUGACUCAAAUAUAUUGAAAAUUAGUUAAUAUAACUUUAAAAACUACAAAGUUAAAUUAAUUAUCAACAAAAUUCGAUAUAUAGGGGAUUUCUAGACUUUGAGUUGGUAGAAUUGUUCCAAUAGCUCUCAUAACAAAUAAACACGAAAAAAGAAACGCCAUUUUCUGAUUGUCAAAGGUUGUACGCAGUUAAAUUUUUGUGAUAAAUCAACGAGUGUAUCUUUUUAAACCCAUAAUAUCCAUUUAGAGUAACCAUGGCUAGUCGAAAGAAGACUUUACUAAAAGUCAUCAUCCUGGGAGACUCCAGUGUGGGUAAAACAUCUCUAAUGAAUCAAUAUGUAAACAGAAAAUUUUCGAAUCAAUAUAAGGCGACUAUUGGUGCAGAUUUCCUAACAAAAGAACUUACUGUAGAUGAUAGAACUGUUACGAUGCAGAUAUGGGAUACAGCAGGUCAAGAGAGGUUUCAAUCGUUAGGUGUAGCUUUUUACAGGGGAGCCGAUUGUUGUGUCUUAGUUUUUGACGUAACAGCCCCUAAUACAUUCAAAUCUUUGGAUAGUUGGAGGGAUGAAUUCCUCAUCCAAGCUUCCCCUAGAGAACCAGAAAAUUUCCCUUUCGUUCUCUUAGGAAACAAAGUCGAUUUGGAACCGAGGGCGAUUUCGCCUAAAAGGGCGCAACAAUGGUGCCAAUCCAAAAACAACAUCCCUUUUUUCGAAACAUCAGCCAAAGAAGGCUUAAACGUAGAACAAGCAUUCAUGGCCAUUGCCAAAAACGCUCUCGCCCAACAAAAUUCCACCGUCGAUUUAUAUAACGAAUUUCCGGAUCAGAUCAAACUUACCAACACGCAGAAAACCAAUAGUAACGGUGAUAGUUGCGCUUGUUAAGUUAAUUUAUUAUUAAUAUAAUUUUUUUUAUUAUUAUUUUCCAUCGCAACUGUCAGGAAAAGGAUGUUUAGUAUUGGUUAAUAAACUGUUCGAUUAUGCCAAGUUUUUUACUUACAAGUAACCAUUUUUUUUGUUAGUAAAGUAUUAAUAGCAGCUAUUAACCUUUAUUAAACUAAAACUCGUGUAAUUUCUACAAAUAUUGAAAAAAAAAACAAAACGAAUGUUAUAUUUGUGAUAAAUAUAAAUGGCAUUAGCGGUAUUAAAUUGUAAAUACGGAGCUAGUGAUGGUAGGAACUUGGGUGUUAUAAUAUUUACGGUUUAUUAACUGUUAGUUUCUUUCUUUUUUUUUUCUUGUGACUAAUUGAUCAAUUCAUAGUUGUCUGUUUUUGGGGAGUGUAUAUUUAAACGAUUGGCAGUACUGAUAUUUUAUUUUUCACAUCCAUCUCUAAAGUUUUCUUCUUACUACCAAUACAAUAUGGUUCUGUUUUUGUGUGUAGUUGGUGUACCGACUCACUGUCCGACGCUUAGUUUUGGCAUUUAUUGCGAAUUAAUUGAAUAUUUGAUUUUUCGGUUGUCUCAAUGUCCAAUUCAUACAUAUAAUAAAAUUUUUGUAUUUCCAACAUAUUCAAGUCUAUUUUAAUAGUGUGAAAGUCUUACUUUUAUUUUCUUUUGUUCUUUCAUCUAUAGGUGUGUCUGAUGAUGGAUAUUCUGUUGGUUUUAUCCAAAAAUCUUUCGUUUCCAUAUUACCAAAGGUCCGUUACCAGCGAUGUCUUUAAAUUUGAUUUUAUUCUUGGGAAAUUGUCCAAAAAUUUGGACUGUUCCUUUAAUUCCAUGUUUUUCUCAAUUUUUCAUCUUCUAUAGACUUUUUUGGCCCAAAAUUGGUCAUUUUCAUAUUUUUAAAGGUUUUUUUCAUUUAGGAUCUUUGAGUUUUAUUUUAUUUAUUGGAAAUUGUUCGAAAAUUUUAACUGUUCCUCUAAUACCAGGUUUGUCUCAACAUACCAUCUUCUAUAGACUUUUUUGUGUUCUUCUCAGUGUCCAACUCUCAUUUAUUCAUUAGAAAUUGUCUAAAAUUUCCUCUUGUUCCUUGAGUUAAUCUGAUUGGAAUCUGCUUUUUUUCAGUUUCCAACUUUCACUUUAUUACAAAUUUUCCAACAUUUUUGGAAGUUUGUGCAAAAUUUUACUUGUUUUAAACCGAUAUCGUUCUUUCCAUUAAUGAAAGUGUCCAUUAAUCUUAAUGCCCUUAGUAUUGUCUAUUAAUAUUAAUAUAUUAUAAUAAUAAUAUUAGGGCUCUUUUACCAUUUCAAUGAAGAUGUUAGUUGGUAUAUAAUUUGUAGUAAAUCAUAUCGAUACUUUUUUACUUUUCCAAAUAAUAAAAUUUAUCAGAAGCAUUUUUAAUGUUUGUCAUCUCAAAAAUCUGUCAUCAAGUAUCAUUUGUAAAGAGUUUUAACUAUAAACAACUUUAUUUUAUCAACUUGGGACUAAUCGACGGUUUUUUUAUUAUCAAAAAUGUUUUUUUUGCCAAAUUAACAUCACUAAAAAUUGAAAUUUGGUUUUUCCUAGGGACUGUGUGCCAAUUUAUUUUCUAUAUCGAUCGAUUAAAAGUAUACUCCCCUGUUGCACUGAAAAUUUUUGCUUUCUCCAGGCUUCGGAUGUGAUACUUCUAAAUAGUAGUGUAUAGUAUUGAAAAAAAAAUUGUUUCGCCUUCUUUUUUUUUAUUUACUGCAAUAUUUUUAAAUGUAUAUAAAAUGUUAUUUAUAUUAUAGUUGCGUUUAAAUAAUAUUAACAACAUUGCAAGAGAGUUUUGAAAAUACAGAAAACUGUUGAUAAUUAUGCAUUUUCUGUAUUUUCCGAAGUGCCUCGGUAUCUAAUAUAAACCAGUUUACAAGUUGAGUUCGUAAUAUUCAUAUCAAAAAUGUUUUUCGGUAGAUUAGAAAAAAUUGCAGUACGAAUUUUAUGCAACAUUUCGAGUUGUUGCGUAGAGCUUGUGUGGAGUUGAUUUUAUUAUGAAAUAUUAUAAAUUUGUAUAUUACAGGUAAUUGAUAUAAUAAAUACAAUAAUUUUAGGUUAAA